AUUUGAAUACGCAACCAUAACCAUGGCCACUACUACUGUUCAUUCUUUUGUGUGUUUCGUUGUUUUCUUUUCCAUGGUUGUCGUCCCUUCUUCGUCAGGACAACUACAUCGUGAUUUUUGCAACAAUACUCCUAAUUCGUCGGGACAACUAACUCCCAAUUAUUACAGGUUCAGUUGCCCAAAUGUGUUUAACACAGUCAGAAGAAUCGUCGAGCAGGCGAUCAAGUGCGACCCCCGCAUGGGAGCGUCUCUUCUCCGUCUCCAUUUUCAUGACUGUUGGGUCAAUGGUUGCGAAGGAUCGGUUCUACUGAUUGACAUAGGUAACUUCAUCGGCGAGCAGUCGGCUAUUCCCAACAAGAAUUCACUCAGGGGAUUUGACGUGGUUGCUCAAAUAAAAGCCGAGUUAAACUCAGUUUGUCGAUGCGGCAAUGUGGUGUCCUGCGCCGAUAUCUUAGCCAUUGCAGCACGCGACUCUAUCGACAUUUUGGGAGGUCCAUGGUACCAAGUAUUACUUGGCAGACUGGACUCAUUGACAGCAAGCUUAGCAGAUGCCAAUACAAAUCUCCCAUCCCCAUUUUCCAACUUCACAAAACUCAUCGCAAACUUCCUGUCUCAUGGUUUCGGGCUAAAAGACUUGGUUGUCCUCUCCGGCGCCCACACCAUCGGCCUCGCAAGGUGCGUCACUUUCCGGUCCAGAAUUUACAAAGACAACGACAUCAACUCCAACUUCGCCAACGGAUUGGAAACAACGUGCCCCGCUAACGCCAGCCUCGGAGGCAACAACACGGCUCCGCUUGACGCGACCACAAAUGUAUUCGACACGGUGUACUAUCGGGAGCUGACGCGGCAAAUGGGUCUGCUCCAUUCGGAUCAAGAGCUGUACAGCGGCGGAAACCAGACGAGCGCUGAUCUGGUGACGAAAUAUAGCAAAAAUCGAGCUGCUUUCUGGGAGGAUUUCGUUGUGUCCAUAAUCAAGAUGGGGAAUUUGCCUCCUGCUAGUGGUAACGGACAAGUCAGAUGCAACUGCAGCAUAGUUAACAAUCCCUCCCCGCCAAACAAUCUUGGAACAACAACUAGUUGUCCCUCCCCACCAGCUAGUUUCUUCAAUCCUGGAACUGAUCCAACUCAUUGCCCCUCUCACCCAACCAGUUCGCCCAAUCUUGGAAGUCCAUAAACACAGUGAUUACUAUCGAAAAGUUUCGGGUUUUCAAAGAAACCCAUCACUUUUUCGACAUUCUGCGCAAUUGAUUAGCACAUCACAGCUGCAUCCCCCGCAUUACUCUUGUUAACCAAGCAAUUGCAUGAAAUAAUUUCUUCUUUUCCUGCUUCUGCAGAUUGUAUUAGUCUUUUUUAUUUGGUAUCUAAUGUUCGCUUUGUGAAGUUGAAAUACUUUCGUUGUAUUAUCAUGUCUAGAGAUAAUGAAUAAAAGUUUUCCUUUCUUA